UAUUAAUUAAUAAAUAAAAAUGGGUAGUUGCGCAACAAAAAAUUAAGAGAAUGAAGUUUCUUUACCUUCAAAUCCUAGAUUAUAGAGGGCUUAUUAAGUAAUAUGAAAUCGAUUUUAUAGUAAUAUUCUUAAAUCAUUGAAAUAACUCACCCAUUAAAUGUGAAUUAGAAAUACAAUAGUUAUUUUACUUUGAUUCCAGAUUAAUUUGUAGGCACAGGAAUAAAAAAGGCAAAUCAAUAUGAAUCUCGUCUCUCUAAAGAAGAAUGGUAAUAAAAAAGAGUUGAAUUUUGGGGUAUAUAUAUCUGUCUAUUUCAAAUAUAGAAUCUAGAAUAGAAGGAUAGAAAGAAAAUUGGAUUACUAUUAGAGCUGCUUUAGAAGCUGAUGAAGGUACGGAUUUUUAUUAAUUAGGAACUGCUAAAACUCUUUUGUAAGCUGCUGAGUUAAAGCUAAUCAAAAAUAGUAUGUAAAUUAUUUAUGACAAUCAUGGUAUUUUAUUAAAAUGCAUUCCUUAGGAUAGAAAUAUGAUUUACCUGUUUUUGUAAUGCAUAAUCCUGUUUCCUUUCCUUAAAAAUAAUCUUUCGAUUAAAAUCUUUAUUCAAGUUUUGACCGUAGAGUUGUAAAGGUAAAUUUCUAUAUAUAUUCUCUAGUUUAAAAUUAGAAGUACUAAAUGGAAUAUUGAUAAAGAUGUUUCCUACAAUACAGGAGAUAGGGUUGACUUAUUAAUUAAAGAAUUACAAUCAAAAGAAAAUCCAUAGAAAAUGAAACUGUUUGUAAAUGGUAGAGAAAUGAAAGGUCAUAAUAUGUUUGGAAAUUAUGGAGUCCAAGAUAAUUCUGUAAAUAUUCUAUCUAUCUUUUUUAUAGGUUGUACAAGCAUUUAUGUUCUGA